GUCCCACUUUCGCCGAGUGUCCGCUUUCGAAUGACAACUUGUCAGUGACAAGUGAGGAAACACGAUAAGGAUUAUCCAUUCGAUUUUAUCGCUAUUAUUUAUUACAUUUUCAAUGAAAAUGAGCGGUUUCAGUCAAGAGAAUAGCAAUUUGAAGAAAAGGGAGUACCUCAAACAACAACAACAACUUCGAAACUUGACUAAAACGAGCAGCGUCAUAAGCGCUGAUGACAUGAUUGAAAACUUGCUGUCGAAUAAAGAGAUUUUUCAGAAAAAGAAGGAUCCAUGUGUCAGCAGCCAGCCUUCAAAAACGCAUAAUCAGAAUGCUGGACAAUGGCCAUCCUGGUUGACCCCUGGAAAGGAACCUGCCCUUUACAAACAAGUUUGGGCCCACGUCGGCCUUCCGAACGGCUUGGCCGAUACCACAAAAACCUCUGCUCUUCUUCUAACAAGUCGUAUGACAACAGACACCCUUGGAUAUAUUUGGAGUCUGACAAAUCUCACAGUGCCGGGGUCUUUAACUCAACAAGAACUCUAUGUAUCUUUAGCCCUGGUUGCUCUGGCCCAGAAUGGUUACACUUUCACUAAUUCGAAUGUCGUGAAGCAGUUAUUAGAAGCGCCGAUGCCUAAGUUGGAAUUAAACCCUUGUGAUACUCUAAAUCUCCAACCUUUUUCAAAUGUUAACACCCCAGCACUUCCUUCACCGACAAAUAAUUUGUCCACGACUUCUCAGCCACUGUCCGUUAUCAACUUGCAGAUGCCGUUAACUGGCCAACAAACGAACGUACCUACAGUUACAGAAACUCUUUCCCUUUUAGAUAUAUCAUCAGAGCCUGUCUCACUUUUAGAAUCUUCCCCUGUAAAAACUCUUUCGGUUCUAUCUGCCACAGAUUUGAAUAAUGAUUAUUCCAUCUCUAAUAUAUCCACAGCACCAGAGGAAUCUCUUAUAUUCGGUGAUUUUCAAGCAAAUGAAGAUGAUUUUGAUGAUUUUAAAAGCGCCGAUGCUUUCAUGACCAGCAUGAACAAUUUGACUGUCCUCGAUGUCAAAGACCCAUUGGAUUUAGUCAAUAUAUCUCCACUUAACGAAUUUAAAGAUGUUCAGCCUCAAACUGUCCACUCAAACAGUGAUGAUUUUUCGAUCUUUGAUGAUUUAGGCGAUGUGACUCAACCUCAAACAUCUGUGCAGAUCCCUUUAGAAGUCGAAACAUGCGAUACGACGAGUCAACACCAAGAGAAAGCUUAUGUCGAAGACCUGUUUCCAAAAUGUGUGCUUAAAACCAAAAGUCCACCCUGCGAAAAAGCAAGUCCAGAAUGCCUACAGCCUCCAGUUUUACCGUCACUUUCUGUUGUUGAAGAGGAUCGUUAUAGUGCGCUGAGAAUUUUAGAUUGUAGUAUUCAAGGUGAUGAGCACCAGGAAUUUGAUGAAUUUGGGGAUUUUCUGACAGCCUCUGCACCUGUAGAGACUCCAUUAGAAUCUCCAUUGCAAACUAACGAAUCAGAUGUUCAGCUUAAAUGUCUUGAGGCUUGCUUGCAACUGCUAAAAGAAGCUGUUAAUAUAUUGGAAUCAAUUGAAGAUACCAAAGUAUUAGAAGAAGUAACAUCAGAUGAAAGGGGUCGAACUUUCUUAGAAGAAAUUGUUGAGGUUGAAAGAAUCGGAAGGAGGAUCAGAUCUAACAGGGAAAAAAGCCAACAUAUAGCAGAAUUUGAAUCAUUAUCUCAGUCUUUACAGCCGUUUAUUGAAUCGGUUAAAAACAACCAUAUGGAAGAACAAGAAGGCCCCAAAUGUGGUCUGUGUCAGAUGGAGUACGGCCCAGCACAUGUUAAGUACGGCAUCAAUCAUUUCCACGCACCAUGCGCAAAUCUGUACCUUCACAAAGUGGAUGCCGUUCUUCCCAUUGCACCAGUCAUGUGAUCACAGAUAUCACCGUUUUAUGCGGUUAAAAUGAGUAAAAAGUAAUUUAUUGAUCCUAAUCGGCAACCCGUUAAACAUCAAAUGGUUCCUAUUUUAAUAGAAUGUCCUAUGUAAUCGUGUAAAUAAUAUGAAUUUGCAUUUUUAAAAUAAUUUUCUUGUUUAGCAAACUGUAGUAUUACUUAAAUUGUAUUAAAUCUGUUUUUAUUAGGUAAUAUAAGCAAAACCCAAAAGUAUCUGUGAUAUAAAUUAAAUAUUAUAUAAGGUAAAACUGUAUUUUGAAAAAAAAAAUGCUGCACUUAUAGGAAAAUAAGGAUUGUUUAUUCCAUAAGCCAAUCUCCUUUAUUUACAUUGUUUUUUAUUCAUAAAUAAAGUAAUAUUUUAUUCGUUUUGUGUUUGUCAACAA